AUGUUGAGCCGAGCAAUUGGCAUUCCCACCGCAAGCCUUCGGGGUGCUCGGAGCUUCAGUGCCUCGACACGCACAGCCAAGGUGUACGAGAACGUGGAUGCGGCGACAUUCAACGCGCGUGUGCUCCAACCCUCCGGUGCAGAGGCCGACGUGCCCGUGCUCGUCGACUUCUUCGCAACCUGGUGCCAGCCCUGCAAACUGCUCUCCCCCGCCCUCAAAAAGGUCGCCACCCAGAAAGACCUCGUGGGCAAGCAAGUCGAUCUGGUAACCAUCGAUGUCGACCAACACCAAGACAUCGCCCAACAGUUCAAAGUUCGUUCCCCAUUCCCCCAGAUGGAGUAA